GACAGCUAUCUGACAGAGACAGCAAACUAGCUUGACAACAUAGCUAAACGCAACUAUGACGCUGAAUGUAUUAAAUUGUGGGGACCACAAACUGAUGACUAACGCUGGACCAGUUGGGAACCACUGGCCUAAUAAUAUAUUUACAUGCUAAAAGUUAACAGAAGGAGGCUAAAGCCCAAUCCCAAUACCCCCCAGACAACGGGGACUUCUAGCUAACCUGCUAACAUUAUGAGGCAGCAUAGUUAUACUAGCUGGCAUUUUAUCGUAAUGUGAAAAAUCCGACAAUUUUGCAGAACAGGACAGAUGACAGACGCCAGAUAGUGCGAGCUAGCGAAGGGGGGGUAUUGGGACAGGCCCUAAAUCUGCACACUCAUAACUAUUUUCAUUUAGCUUAUAAUCAUUGUUUUAGCCCAUAUUACCUUUUUGAGGCUAUUGUUAAUAUUAGCAUGUUACACCAACAUGUUAAAGAUGUUAACAUACUAAACAUUAGAUGCUAAACUUUUGCAAAUUCACAUGCUAAUGUUGGCAUCCAGCAUUCACAAUACCAAUAGCAUGCUAACAGGUAUGAAUGUUCCACUGACAUUUAGCAUGUUAAUAUGUUAGCAUGUCAACAUUUAACAUGCUAAUAAGAACUUAGGGCAGAGCAGCUACAGUAACUGUUUGUGUGCAACUUUCUCAUUUGCCUUUGUAUCUUAACAUCUUCCAUGCUAACAUGAUAUAGCUUAUUGCUAACAGCACAUUAACAUCAUGGUUAUCAUCCAGUAGGCUCAUUGUUAACAUGCAAUGGAGUAGGAUGGAAGUUAGCAUGCUAACACAAAUUAGUAUUCAGCUCAGUGUACAGCUGAGCCUAAGUGCAGUAAAGGUUUACAGAUGGCAUGUCUAAUUCAUAGACUGUAUAGUCAAACUGGAAGAAAACUGUGCCAAAUCUGACAACACAGAGAUGUGGCGAUAAAAACAUACAGUGGCUACAACAUGGCCUUACCUCUGGCGCCACCCUCAGACCAAGCUAUAUCUUGUCUUUCUAGUGGUAAAGAUCUCACACAGAAUUGGAGAGUUGUCUUUAAGUAAGAAUCCAGUUUUGUUGUCUGUUUUUUAAUAAGGUGCAUAACCUUCUUGUGGACCUGCCACCAUGACUAGGCUAUAGACUUUUAUGUAUUUUUGUAUGUUUUUGGAGGCAGCGAUGUUAAAAACAAACUGUAUGUAUACUAGGACACAAUCGAAAAAAAGAUGGUUCAUUUCAAGGGGUUUAUCUUAAUGAAUAAACUUGUACAGCAACAACAAAGAACUUCUUAACAAAAGACAGUUUGGAGACUUAAUGCAAUGCAAAGUGAAAACAGAGACUGAACAAUGAAUGCUAAUGAUAAGGAGAUUUUAAAGCUACAGUAUUUAUAUCUUUCCGUUACCUCUCAUUCUUGUCAGAUGUCUUUUUCUUUAGCACCUCACUUUGUAUUACAGCAAAAUGGACCAAAUGUCUUUUCUUUUUUUUUUGUAAACUCUGUAGAUGACUCAGAAAAGAUACUUGUUUCUGCAAUUCAACGGCCAAACUCAAAAUGGGAAUCAAUCUCACCCGUCUCUUUAACAAGACAAAACCCAUCAGUGUUCGCAGUGUGAAAUUCCUUUGGUGUAUUCGUCAAGCUAGUUGAUUUGAUCGUCGCUGUAGAUCAAAAGGUUUCAGAUCUUUUGAUUGUCUAUGAAAUCAUCUGUAGAAACAUUAGGAACGUCAGACACAAAAAGACACACAUGUCUAUUGUAGAGUAGUCUGACAGCAAUGAUUUUAGGAUGGUUCAUCAGUUGAUUGCAUACUUAAUAAAUAGUCAGUGUAACUUAUAUGUUUACAUGUGACAAAUGAAAAUUGACUGGGUUGACGGACCUUUUAGAAAUCAUUAUCUCCCAACAUGUGAUACACAGUUGGGGAUUUCUUUUAUGAAUAUUUUAUUUGGGUGCAAGAAACAGAAUACAAGGGUGUUUUGCAAAGAAUGAACUUUGCAUGAUAAAAAUAAAUGCUUGUAUUGUUUGUACAUGUCUUCAUCUUUCUUGAAUAAUUCUUCUUGACGUACUAUUUUUAUGCUUUAGGCAAGAUUUUAUAUCUCUAUACUGCAGUUUAAAGUGUGAACCUUUAAUCAGUGUUUAUGCUUUCAUUCUCAUAUAAAGUAAAAGAGAUCAGAAGCUCCUGACUUGACCAAACAUCCAGGUGUUGAUUUAACACACAUUUAACUGUGGAGCCGAAUCUCAGUGGAGACUGUGUGAGAUUUAAGCUCAGCAGCACUGAUCUAAUUCUCUUGCUAUUGAAAAAGCCGUGUCCUAUCCUCCCUCCUGUGUUGCCUGGUAGCUCGGGUAACCUUAAAGGAAUGCAGAAGAUGAUGCCAGAAUUAUUUUGGGCUGAGAUUCAGAUGUUAAAAUAGCAAAAAAGGUUGCAGGGUAGAUUACCAAGGAGAACUCAGACAGUUGUGCUGUCGACCUACAUGUAGCUCUUGUACAGAGAGACCUUGAAAAGCAACGUUUCCAGCCAAGACGAACCACAUCCGAAAGGCUAAAGAGGGAAGUGUAAUUCAUAAAACCACCAAGAAGAGGCCCGGAGGAGGUUGUAAAAGUAGAGACUGCUGCAUCCAGACAUGCCCAGAGGCUUCAGCUGCUUGGGGAGCCCUGAGGGGGCAGACGGCAGGUAUGAGACCCCCCCGGCUUCAGAGCUCCAGAGGCUGAUGUGGACAAAGAGUGGGAGCAGCAACCGUCUGGAUGAGGUUCAGCCCAGGAUCUAUAUUGGAGACAUGUAUGCAGCCAAAGACAAGAGGACACUCCAGGCUCACCGCAUCACCCAUGUGCUCAACGCUGCUGAUGGGAAGUACAGCGUGAGCACGGGCCCCAGCUUCUACAGAGACACCAAAAUCACUUAUCAUGGAGUGGAAGCUUUUGACAUGCCAUCCUUUGACUUGAGUCCCUUCUUUUACCCAGCGGCCAAUUUUAUCAAGAAUGCUUUGAGCUCGCCCACAGGUAAAGUGUUUGUCCACUGCGCGAUGGGAAUCAGCCGCUCGUCCACCUUGGUUCUGGCCUACCUGAUGAUCCACGAGAACAUGACACUGGUGGACGCCAUCAAAGCUGUCAGUGCCAACAGGAACAUUUCACCUAACAGCGGUUUCCUGGAGCAGCUACGAGCGCUGGACCAAAAGCUGUACUGCCAGGGAUCAUCGAGGAGCUGGAGUACCAAUGGGCGGACAUGAGAUAAAAUCCAUUGCUGAACUUGAGUUUGAAGUUGAGUAGAUAUUACAAUGAAUGUCAAACAAUGUUCUAAUUGUAGUUUCUCUGUAAGACAAAUUCCAUUUUUUUGUGAUAGAAUUAAAGUGAUUUAUAUUA